UAAUAGUGGCGGAGGAUAAUCAUAAUAAACGCGUGCUUACAAGCUGAGGUGGCACAUCCAUCACACCAACUUACACCCACGCACAUUCUACCCUUCAUCUCUCUACUUACCAAUUCACAGAUUAAAGUUCAAUUUCAUUAUACGGACAGGAUUUAAUUAUCGGAGUUUCUGUUAUGUCAAUCGACGGUGGUGGAAGAUUUUACUGGGAUCGAAAUGAGAGUAAUUCGGGUGAAAUAGUCAAAGGAAUAGUGAUAAUCUUUGCUUGGGUUUCAAUUAAGGAAACUGAAUUGAAGAAUUAUGUUAAUCUUUAUGCUUCUCUUGGCUGGAAUUCGCUUAUAUGCCUUGCCGAUUUCGCCACCCUAUACAUACCUGAGAAGGCUACAUCUCUGGCAUAUUCUCUUCUAAGGGAGCUCGUCGAGGAACUAAGAUGUCGCCCUUGUCCAGUUGUUGUUGCAGCUAUAUCUGGUGGUUCUAAGGCCUGCAUGUAUAAGUUUUUUCAGAUUGUUAAAGGGAGAUCCGAAGCUCAAGUUAAUCUGGAGGACAGCCAAUUGGUCAUUAACUGCAUCUCAGGUCAAAUUUAUGAUUCUUGUCCUGUUGAUUUCACUGCAGACUUUGGAACACAAUUUGCUGUGCCUCCCACAAUUCUAAAGUUCCCCGGCUCCAUAAAGCUACUGUCUUUGGUUGCGAAAGGUUUUACUUCUGGAUUAGAUGCCUUAUUCAUUACUAGGUUUGGAUCCCAGCGUUCUGAAUAUUGGCGAACUCUUUACUCCUCACUUAGUUUUGGGGCCCCUUUUCUCAUUUUGUGCUCAGAAAAUGAUGAUAUUGCUCCAUAUCAAUCUGUAUGUAAAUUUGCUCACGGCUUGCAAGACAUGGGGGCAGAUGUCAAAAUGAUAAUGUGGAAAAGUUCCUGUCAUGUAGGUCUGUACGAGAGUGAUCCAAUCCAGUACAGCAUUGCUAUAGAUCAACUACUUGCUCAUGCAGUUUCAGUUUUCAUUAGCAGAAUUAAGAAACUAGGAGAGAGGAACGGCUUCGAUGAUAUGCAUGAUGAGAUAUCUCACUUGAUUUGUGACCUCCAAAAUGCAGCAGCUGACUCCAACGGAAGUUUUCAAAGAGUUGCAGGGGGUCCGCAUGAUCACUUUUUCUUGCCAAGUUCAUCCGAGCAUCAAAAUGUUAGUGAUUCGGGCUCUUCCUCUGAGGAAAGAAAAGAUCCGUCUAUUUGGCCAAAUCCCAGUUUAAGUGCACACACUGUGCUUGGCCAAAUUCUUUUUGAUGCUUGUGUUCCGAAGAAUAUUGAAGGUUGGGAUUUUAAGUAUACUUCUUCCUUAAAAGGCCAACCAUUUUCCUCAGCACCUAAGCAUUCACCAUUAAAUGCCAUGAAAUACUUCCGCCGUUCACGGUUAUGAGACUAUUUCUUGUGGAACUCACUUUGGCUUUUCGAAUUUCUUCGAAGAUGCACUAUAUGAUUAAUAUCAAAAUUUUACCUCUUAUGGUGUAAAAAGUUUAAGAUGAAAUAUUGGGGGUCAAUUUUCAAGGUGCAACUAACUAGAUGAUCUGAUUUGACUGAGCUGCCUGCAUGAAGUGUACCGGCUGAAUGGGUAACAUAUCCUGUACAGGCUGAAUGAGUAACAUAUCUCCUAUCUUGAUGGGAUAGGCAGACAUGAUGUGGUGUGCAUGAGAGCUGUUAAUACGUGUGGUUUGGAAAACAACAUGUACCAUUUGAUUGGUUGGGAAGCUUUUGAGCCACUUGCUUCAGGGGAUAUGUUGGUAAUAUCAUGUACAUAAGGCACUUUUACUGGCUUCUGGGGAUAUGCUGAUACUACACGGGAGCCUUUGCAAGUCGUGAUGUUUUAUAUUGUACAUAACAUGUACAUAAUGUAUCUAUCCUGCCGGAGACUCAUUAGCAUAUGAGAUAAAUCCUGUAGAACUUCGCUGUAUAAUUAUGAACCUGGAUCAGCUAUGUACUCUGGCUGUGUAUAUAUCUUGAAAUUUUGCAGUUUUCAAGUACUCUGUUAUAGGUUGGGAAACCCUUCCCCUCUUUUCAAUUAGUUGGUGACUUGUGGAAGGUGCAAAAUGAUAAUACCAAUUGAACGUGUUGCUGUUACCUUACAUCUUUUGAUGGAUGGCAGCAGCUGCGUACAGCCUAUUAAGCUUCCGUCUCAAGUAUGUAAAGAAUCGCCAAGGCAUCUACUGCUGUGGCACUUGGCGGGGUCGAUGAGAAGAUGACUAUUGGUGCGGAUUCAACUUUGGCGAUCAUUUUCCUUUCCCUUUUUUCACAUCCUCUUAUGUAAUUUAAAAGAUAUGCAGAAUCUUUAUCCACACGGUAUGAUCAGAUUUCUAAGGUCUUCAGGCUUCGCGGA